GCUACCCACGCUUCCCGGAGAUCCAGCCUAGGCCGCGGAGCUCUGCCCUUGCUGGUCUAGCCCAGACGGCGGGUCUCUGCCCAAGGAAACUGCGCUCAGGCGGCGGAGCUCUCCCCAUGCAGGCGGGGCCGAGGCGGUAGAGCUCUGUCCGGUGGAGGGGCCGAGGCCUUUACGCUCCUCUCCCUCCCCUUGGAGAUAGAGGCCAGGCCGCUGCACCGUAGCAUCACCCUUGGAGGCGGGGCCGAGGCUUCGGAGCCCCCCUCUCAGAGGUAGGGCCGAUGCCAAGGUGCUCCCUAGUCCGGGCGACGUAGACGCAUUGGCGCUCCACCCCUGGAGGCCGGGCCGAGGCGUCGGACCCUCCCCCUAGGAGGCGGGGCCGAGGAAGCCGGCCUUCCCCCACCCCCUCGGAGGCGGGGCCGUGGCAUUGGAGCGCCCCUUCUGGAGGCCGGGCCGUUGCGUCGCAGCAUCUCCCUAGGAGGCCGGGCCGUUGCUUCGCAGCAUCCCCUUUGGAGGCCGGGCCGAGGAAGUCGAGCUUCCUCUCUGGAUGUGGGGCCGAGGCAUUGGAGCACUCCCUUUGGAGGACGGGUCGAGACUUAGAGGAGGCGGGGCCGAGGAAGCCCAGCUUCUACUGGCAACCCGGGGAGGCGGGACCCAGGCCUUGGAGCUCCCAACCCCUUGGUGGCGGGGCCUGGGGUUUGGAGCCCCUCCCCCUGGGCGGGGCCCAGGAGUCAGCGCUCGGGUUGGAGGCGGGGCAAACUUCCUGUGAUCGCACCGCCCCCUUACCUUUUGGCCUUUAGAAACCUAGAGGCUUUCCCACACUUCGCCGGAAGUUCUCGCAACGUUUCCGGCAGAGUUUUUAAAAGCUGACCUGGAAGCUCGGCUCCGAGUCCUCCCGAGAUCUCGGGUUGCUCUGCCUCCGGCCCCGGGAGGCUGGUCGGCCGGGAUGCGGAGCGGGUUCCUGAGCGGUGCCCGGCGCCUGUGGGCCCUCCGCGCCUUCAGCCGCACUGCGCCGCCGCCCGAGGAGCUCUUCGCCCGCGAAGGGCCUCUCCGGGCCUUCCUGGAGCGCCGUGCGGGCUCGGAGGCCGGGGCUCUGGACGCCGGGGAGCCUCAGCUGGCGGCGGCGGCUCGGCUGCUCAGCGAGAAGGAGCGGGAGUUGCGGGACACCGAGUCCUUGCUGCACGACGAGAAUGAAGAGUUAAAGAAACUUGCAGAGAGUGAGAUAGCUCUGUGUCAGAAAGAAAUAACUCAGCUGAAGCAUCAGAUCAUCUCACUUUUGGUUCCUCCAGAAGAAACAGAUGAGAGUGACUUGAUCCUGGAGGUGACUGCAGGUGUGGGUGGUCAGGAGGCCAUGCUUUUCACCUCUGAGAUGUUUGACAUGUACCAGCAGUAUGCUGCGUUUAAAAGAUGGCACUUUGAAACGCUGGAAUAUUUCCCAAGUGAACUAGGCGGCCUUAGGCAUGCGUCCGCCAGCAUUGGAGGCCCAGAAGCCUACAAACACAUGAAGUUUGAAGGAGGGGUGCACAGAGUGCAGAGAGUGCCGAGGACCGAGAAGCAAGGCCGCAUCCACACCAGCACCAUGACCGUGGCGAUUCUGCCCCAGCCUACUGAGAUCAAACUGGUGAUUAAUCCUAAAGAUUUGAGAAUUGAUACUAAGAGAGCCAGUGGAGCUGGAGGGCAGCACGUGAACACCACGGACAGCGCAGUUCGAAUAGUCCAUCUUCCCACAGGUAUUGUUUCUGAAUGCCAGCAAGAGAGAUCUCAGCUGAAGAACAGGGAGCUGGCUAUGAAAAAGUUACGUGCAAGGCUAUACAGCCUGCAUCUAGAGGAGGAAACUGCAAAAAGAUACAAUGCUAGAAAGAUCCAGGUUGGAACAAAAGGAAGAUCAGAGAAAAUAAGAACCUACAACUUUCCACAGAACAGGGUCACAGACCACAGAAUAAACAAAUCACUACAUGACCUUGAGAGCUUCAUGCAAGGAGACUGUCUUCUGGAUGGCAUGAUACAGUCACUGAAGGACUAUGCGGAUUACGAAUCUCUAGUAGAAAUGAUUUCCAGAAAAGACUAAGCUAUUGUAUAAAGCUAUUUUUUAUAUAUAGACUAGGAAAAUCCUAGAGUGAAUCCUUGUGUGCAAGUACUUAACCGGUAUUCCUGAGGAAUGUAAGUUAACAGUUUCUCGGACUCUUCUCUAUAAAAAUUAGACACAAUA